AUGUCUUCAGGAGCUCUGCUGAGCAGCGGCUGCUCGUCCCCCUGCGAGGUGACCUGCCCAGAGCCCUACGUGGACGCCUGGAACCAGCCCUGUGUCACCUCCUGCGGGGACUCCCGGGCCGUGGUCUACCCCCCUCCCGUGGUGCUCACCUUCCCAGGGCCCAUCCUGAGCUCCUGCCCCCAGGACAGCCUGGUGGGCACCGUGCUGCCACAGCCCAUCGGGGGCAACUUUGGGGGCUCGGGGGGCAACUCUGGGGGCUCCUACGGAGGAGGAGGUUCCAUGGGGGGAAUUGGGGGCUCCUACGGAGGAGGAGGUUCCAUGGGGGGAAUUGGGGGCUCCUAUGGGGGCAGCUCCAUUGGGGGCACAUAUGGGGGCAGCUCCCUGGGGGGCUCCUAUGGGGGCAGCUCCUUGGGGGGAGUGGGUGGAUCCUACGGAGGGGGCAGCUCCUCUGGGGGGGGCUUUGGGGGCUCCUAUGGAGGGGGUCGAUCCUUUGGGGGCUCCUAUGGGGGCAGGAGGUCCUUUGGGGGCUCCUAUGGGGGCAGAAGGUCCUUUGGCUCCAGCUCCUCUGGCGGGGCCUUCGGGGGCUCCUGCGGCGGGGGCAGCUCCUACGGGGGGGGUUCCUAUGGAGGGGGCAGCUCCUACGGGGGCUCCCGGAGGUUUGGGGGAGGAAACUGUGGCUUCUUUUACUUCUGA